AUGUAUGCCGUGCUCGAGAAUGCUGGCUUCCGCCGCGUGAUCGUCAACCGGGAGGGCUGCAUAGAGCACACCGCAACGGUCUACUACAAGACCGUCGAGGGCAGCGCCAAGGCGACCAACGACUACACCCACACGGAGGGAACGCUUGUUUUCAAGCCAGGCGAGACAACUCAGAGCUUCAAGAUCUUCGUCGUCGACGACACGGCCUUCGAGGAGGACGAAGAGUUCUACGUAGAGCUUUCGGAUCCAAAGGUCGAAGGAGGUGCACAAGCCACGAUCGGCCUGAACAACGUCCUGACGGUCAUGAUCAUCGACGACGACGACCCCGGGAUCUUGUCCUUCGAGGAGGAGUAUACCACCAUCCAGGAAGACAUCGAGGACAAGACGGUGGAGUUGAUCGUGAAGAGGGUUUCUGGGUCCAGAGGCAAGAUCACCGUCCAGUACAAGACGGAGGACGCCUCGGCCAAGGCCAGCAGGGACUACGAGAGCCAGUCCGGCGAGCUCGUGUUCGAGGAGGGGGAGAACGCCAAGGCGAUCCGGGUGCUCAUCUACGGUCGGGGCAGUUACGCCCGCAAGGAUUACUUCAGGGUCUAUCUCACGGACGUCACGGGCGGCGCCAAGUUCGACCCGAAGACGGACGGCGGCGCCGACAAGGACAUCAUGACGGUGUUCAUUGAAACGCACAAGGAGGGGACGGAGUUCACUGACAGGCUCAUGGAUCAGAUGCAGGCCAGCUGGAUGCGGGCGAAGAUUGGGCACGCCAACUACAGAGAGCAGUUCAGCGCGGCGCUGCAAGUGAACGGCGGCUCGGACGAAGAAGAAGAGGAAGCAGCACCACCCAGCGCUAUGGACAAAGCGCUCCACGUCGUCAAUCUUCCCUGGAAGAUCACGUGCGCUUUCAUCCCUCCCACGGACUACUGUGAUGGUUGGCUCUGCUUCAUAGUCUCCCUGCUGGUGACCGCGAUCACCCUCGUGGCGCUCGGCACCUCCCUGCCGGACCUCUUCGCCUCCAAGACCGCGGCGUUGCACGAGCCCUUUGCGGACGCCUCCGUCGGCAACGUGACCGGCAGCAACUGCGUGAACGUCUUCCUCGGGCUGGGCCUGCCGUGGAUGAUCGGCUCCCUCUACUGGACUGCGGAGGGCCCCACCGCGGAGUGGCGGAGCCGGUACGAGUUCGAUGCCGACAUCGCACAGCACUUCCGCGAUUCCGGCGCGUUCGUCGUGAAGGCAGGCGCCCUCGUCUCCAGCGUGAUAGUCUUCACUUGCAUGGCGGGGCUGUGCAUCAUGGUGCUCCACUUCCGCCGCAAGCGGUACGGCGGCGAGCUUGGCGGCCCGAGACUGCCCGCCAUGGCCACGUCUGCGCUGCUGGUGUGCUUCUGGAUCAUCUACGUCGUGCUCUCCUCCUACUUCGCCUUGUCGAACAAGUCAUCCUGCUAA